GUGUGAUGUAGGGGUUAUAUUUAGAACGGGGCAGGCGGAGGGUGGGCGUGCUGCUGUCGCGAUCUGCGCUGUUGUUGUAGCAAAUCCGUGUUGCUGUGUUGUUGUAGCAAGCCCUGUUCCUGUUUAUAUGUAGCAAUCUACAUACGCUCGGCAGUCCCUGUAUAGCCGUCCUGUUGUAGCGAACUCAGUGCUAUAAUUGUAGCAACCCUCUACAUGCGAUUAGAUUGUAGCAAUCUUCAUCCCCGCGGUUGUAGCCAUCACCCCCCAUCCCCGGUGUAGUGUUACAGAACAGAGCAGAUUGUAGCAGACUGCUGCGCGGUGGGGUUGUGGCAAUCCGUGCUGCUGUGGCAAUCCAUCACCAAUCUGUGGCAAGAGUGAAGACAGCAGCAGGCCGGUGGCAGUAGCGUGCUGCGUACGUACGGAAGAGCCGGGGUAAACCUUAAGCGUCAGACCGUAAUCAUAGUAAUGCCGCAGCGUGUGUGUUUAAUCACUGGAGCCGUGAAGCAGAGAAGGGAACGACCGUGAGCGAGCGUUGCUAUCCCGGUUUACCCCUCAGAGGAGAGGCUCGCGCCCACCAUGGACAUACAGCCAGUCCCGCUCGAUAUAGCCACAGAUCUGAGCGGGUUUUACGGACGUCCACACGGCACGGUGCGGGGGGAGGAUGAACAAGCCGAGGAAGCCACGACAGCAGCUGGACAGGCAGGGGCUGUUCGUGGUGCUGGCCAUGGCGACAGCAGGAACGGUCAUCUGGCUGUGUCAGGACAUGCUCGAUGAUCUUACGGACAAAAGUUAUCCCCAAGAACUCCUUUACUGUCGCCUUAAGAAGAUCCCCUUCUCCACCAUCUCUUCCAAGUCGCCCUCCUUUAGGAGGUACCCCUUCAGGCAGCACUUUCCGGAAGUGACGUUACAGGAAACAGUCCACUUCAACACAUGCGCAGUAGUGAGCAGCAGCCAUGCCAUGCGGACCCAUCUUUACGGGAAAGAGAUCGACGCACACGACGCCGUCUUAAGAUUCAACUGCGCGGUGGUCAAGACGUUUGAGGAGUUUGUUGGGUCCAACACGACCCUUCGUCUUAUCAACAGCCAGGUGCCGAGCUCAAGUAAGACGUCUCAUUGUAAGACGGACUUCUGGAAGACGAACUCCUCGUUCCGCCAAGAAAUCUUGGUCAUGAGGAACGUCAACUCCAUCACUGGGAACUUGGCGAGGGACAAAAAGGAAAGAUUCGGAGCGAUCCGGAACUAUGUCAGGUACAGACAGAGUUUUCACAGCGGUGCCUUCUUUGUUCACACGCCUGGGUUUCACGAGGCGGUUCACCAGCUGCAGACAGGAUUCUGCAGGAAAACCGGAACCUGCACCAAGAGGAGGAGCUCAACAUCCGGCUUCUUGGGGGUGCUGAUGAUGCUGCAUAUAUGUGACUGGGUCACCCUCUACGAGAUGGUACCGUCCGUUGCCGGGCAACGGGACAAGCGGGAGUACUACUGGGAUGACGUCAAGGUGAUGACGCGUGGCGCGAAGGAGAGCACCCACUCCUACUCCGCGGACCGGACAGUCAUGAGAAAACUGGCCGUGAACUCUGAGGAGAUCGACUCUACAGGGAGAGCUACCCUAAAGGGCUUCAGUCAAGUCAACUGUGAUUAAUAUUCAAUUAUGUUAGA